GUUUUUUUUACUCUCCCCCUUUUCUUCCCACACUUACCUCUGCGCAGCACCCCCGCUGCCCUCCGGACUAGGCCGCCGCCGGUGAGUACUUCGCCCCCUCUGUCUCUUUUUCUCUCGCCACCUCUGUGUUUCCCGUCGCCGAUUGCAACACCACCCAUGCCGGUAAGUCCUCCACCCGUAUCUCUCGUGCGCUCAUUCUCUCUCUCUGCACCGCCGCGUGGCAGCGGCCCCCCUCCACACGCCGCUGGUGCUCCUCGCAUGUUAGGUUUUGGUUUCUCUCCCUCCUUCCGUCUCUCGCUUUAUCUCACUUGGUCUCACUUUCUCUCCCCCUCCGUGAGUAGGCCUCCCCUCCCCACGCCGUCCCAUUCAUUCGCCGUCGCCGCCUUGCCUCGCCGGCAUGAUAAACCGUUUGACCAGUGGAGGCCACCAGAGCUAGCAGCACCGCCUCAGACCACCACGAAUCAUCUCAAGGCGGCGUCGCGUCGCUCUUGAAUUCGACUGACUACUGCUCUGAGACUGGUUGCUUGAUGUUGGAGAAGAGCAGGAACAUGAUGAAUGCCUGUGGUGUAAAUUCAUUUUGUUGCCAGUUCUCCUCCUUAGGAAUAAGUCAGGUUGAGAAAGCUGAGGUGGAACUGUUGCUGAGGUCCAGACUCUCAAAGUGCACGAUUUCCUUCCUUCAAAAUGCAACAAGGUCUACUAUCUUCACUGCAAAGGCACUGAAUGUUCCCCAUGUGAAAUGCUCACUCAAUCAUGGUGGAGAACUGCUAGCUAAUUCCAAAGCUGUUGGGAAGAAAACAAUAAAGCAUGGAAAGAGAGAGCACCACUUGUGGAAGACAAGAGAUUGGGCUGGGUCUGGGCAGAAGGCACUUGGUCUUGUUAGAACUCUUUAUGGACUUCCUAAAGAGAAAGAAGCUGUUUAUGGAGCAUUAGAUAAAUGGAUUGCGUGGGAGACAGAAUUCCCACUGGUUGCAGCAGCUAAGGCUUUACGAAUCUUGAGGAAGAGGAAUCAAUGGAAGCUUCUGGCCAAGUGGAUGUUGAGCAAAGGUCAAGGAGCAACAAUGGGAACAUAUGACACCCUUCUACUGGCAUUUGAUAUGGAUCAGAGAGUAGAUGAGGCUGAAUCAUUGUGGAACAUGAUUUUGCAUGUACAUACACGUUCUAUCUCAAAGCAAUUGUUUUCUAGGAUGAUCUCUUUGUAUGAUCAUCACAGCAUGCAAGAUAAGAUAAUAGAGAUUUUUGCAGACAUGGAGGAGUUGAGUGUAAAACCAGAUCAAGAUACUGUCAGAAGAGUGGCACAUGCCUUUGAGAAACUCAGUCAAGAAGAUAAGAAGAAAUUGGUUCUCAAAAGAUACAAAUCUAAAUGGAAGUAUAUCCACUUCAAAGGGGAAAGGGUCAGAGUGAGAACGGAUGUGUGGGAUGAAGAUGAGGCAUGAGUCUAUUGAAGCGGAACCUUUCGGGAUUAAGGCCCACAUCAUUGGCUUUCCGUGUUAAACCUUGCUAAUUAGAGGAGCACCAUUCAAGAUUUUAUGGAUCUUGCAGCUAGGCCGGUAACAUCCGCUUGAACUUUCCUUUAGGGUCCAAAGUGACGACUUACGGGUGGACUUUUGUCUGCAUCCAAAUCUGGAGUGACCUGUUGAUGGAGAUAUGUACAGAUAAAUGGCAAGAUCCACUGUAAUAACAAACAAAGGAUAGUUUUGCUGUUGUAACAUAGAAGGAUUUCAUAUUUGUCUGUUUCCAUAGGAUUAAUGUCUUGUAACCUUAAUCAAUUUGAAGCAGAGAAGAUCCAAUUUUAUUGGAUUUUUUGGGGAA